AAGUACCUAAUUUCAGUAGAAACAGUGAAAUGAUGUCUAAACAGAUGGAUUGCAGCCUGUGUCUAUUCACACCAAGCAGUGAGUGGAGAGCAGAGAGGAUGGGGUUAAGCGGGUGGAGACAGGAGAGAGAGAGCAGCAGUAACUGCACUGAGUCUGAUAUUAGAGCUGCUGCUCGGGAAGCAGGAGGGACAGCAGUUAAUGGGAGUAAAGCGUGUGGUACUGACACUGAACAACAGCAGCAACAACUCGGCUGGUGGGGAAAAGACAUCAGAGAUAUGGAGAGCGGAGGAAGGAAUGGCAGCACUGGCGGGGAAACGCUCGAACAGUCCAUGCUGAACCCUAUGACCCUGGUUGAAGAUCCGGGGCGAGGAUCUCACAGCGCGAAAAAAAAGAAAUCAAACAAGUGGAAAGUGCUGUCCCUGGUUAUCUGUGUAUGUUUGCUAACCGCAAUUCUUGGAUGCAUAUUUGGACUCAAACCAAGUUGUACGAGAGAAGUAACCAGUUGCAAAGGGCGAUGUUUUGAAAGGAAGUUUGGAAGCUGUCGUUGUGAUAGUGCCUGCGUGGAGCUUGGAAACUGCUGUUUAGAUUACCAAGAUGUUUGCAUACAGCCAGCAUAUAUCUGGACAUGUGAAAAGUUAAGGUGUGGGGAGAAAAGGCUUACGGGGAGCCUCUGCUCAUGUUCUGAUGACUGCUCAGAAAUUCAAGACUGCUGUGUCAAUUACAAUGCUGUUUGCAGAGGGAACAAAAGUUGGUCGGAAGAAACCUGUGAAGAAAUCCAGACACCACAAUGCCCAUCCGGGUUCUCCAAGCCUCCCUUGCUUUUGUUUUCCUUGGACGGCUUCAGAUCAGAAUACCUACACACAUGGGGUGAACUUCUUCCUGUGAUCAGCAAACUGCGAAAAUGUGGGACCUACACAACCAACUUAAGACCUGUGUAUCCAUCAAAAACCUUCCCUAACCAUUACAGUAUAGUAACAGGUCUCUACCCAGAAUCACAUGGACUUGUUGAUAAUAAAAUGUAUGAUCCAAAGAGAAAUGCAUUCUUCACUCUGAGAAACACAGAAAAGUUUCAUCCCUCCUGGUACCAAGGUGAACCUAUAUGGAUAACUGCCAUGAACCAAGGUUUAAAGGCUGCAACAUUUUUCUGGCCAGGUUCCGAUGUCAAGAUUAAAGGAACCUAUCCCAACAUUUAUAAAAUGUAUAACAGUACAGUGAAAUUUGAAGAAAGAGUUAUGUCCAUCCUUCGCUGGUUGCGCUUGCCAGAACAAGAAAGACCACACUUUUACACUCUGUAUUUAGAAGAACCCGAUCAUUCAGGACACGGUCAUGGCCCAGUCAGCAGCGCGGUCAUUAAAGCAUUAAUGGGUGUAGACAGAAUUGUGGGAAUGUUAAUGGAUGGCUUGAAGCAGAUGCAACUAGAUAAAUGCAUAAACCUUAUUCUUGCAUCAGAUCAUGGGAUGGAGGAAGCUCGCUGUGAAAAUGUAGCCUUUUUAUCAUCAUUUUUGGAACCUUCUGAUAGCUUCAUUGUGAUACCUGGUCCAGCUGCACGUCUUAGGCCAACUAAACUGCCAGAUGAGUAUUUCUCUUUUGACUAUACAGGUAUUGCCAAGAAGCUAACAUGCCGAGAGCCUAAUCAGCAUUUCAAAGCGUAUUUCAAACAAAAUUUGCCAAAACGUUUUCACUUUGCCAAGAAUGACAGAAUUGAACUUCUCAAUUUUUACACUGACCCCAAAUGGCAAGUUGCCAAGACAAAAAGUGAUGCCAAAACUUGCGUUGGUGGAUUCCAUGGGUCUGAUAACAGAUUUGAAAGUAUGCAGGCACUUUUUAUUGGUUUUGGACCAGGAUUUAAGUUUAAGACAGAAGUUGAACCAUUUGAAAACAUAGAAAUCUAUAAUUUAAUGUGUGAUUUGUUAGGAAUUACUUCUGCAACCAAUAAUGGAACCCAUGGCAGUCUAAACCAUUUGCUAAAAAACCCCGUUUAUAUGCCUUCCUUGCCACAUGAGAUAAGUGAUCCAUUUCAGUGCUCAGUAAUCCAUGGGGCGAACACUGACAGCUUAGGCUGCUCUUGUGAUUCAACAAACUUGACUGUUUUUGGAUCAGAACAGCCGAUGACUCUUACUCCCCAACAAGAAUCUGAAACAAAGAAACAGAACUUGCCCUUUGGAAGGCCGGUAGUUGUACAGAACAGCAGUUACUGCAUAUUAUACCACGAGCAAUAUGUCAGUGGUUAUAGUUACCAUAUCAGCAUGCCUUUGUGGACAUCAUACACAGUUGGAAAACAUGCACAUUCUGUGGACAGUGGUUCUUCCUGUAUUUUUGCAGAUGUACGAAUUCCGUCAAAUCACAGUCAAAGCUGUCACCACUACCAGAAGCACUAUUUUCUGAAAUAUGGAUUUCUAUAUCCUCCAGGCCUAAAGGAGUCCUCUGGGGACAGCUAUGCUGGAUUACUGACAAGCAAUAUUGUUCCAAUGUAUCCUGCAUUUCAAGUUAUUUGGAAUCAUUUCCAUAAUGUGCUUUUGAUGAAGUAUGCCGAUAAGAAAAAUGGUGUCCAUGUCAUAAGUGGUCCCAUAUUUGACUCUGAUUUCGAUGGACAAUUUGACACUCUGGAGCAAAUAAAUAAGAUAACAGAAGAUGCUACAGUGUAUAUCCCGACUCACUACUAUAUUGUACUGACAAGCUGCAAGAAUGCUUCCCAGACUCUCCAGCAAUGUGCAGGUGCCCUUGAUGUUUUGUCCUUCAUAGUACCACACAGGAUUGACAACAGUGAAAGUUGUGCUAGUGGCAAGAAUGAAUCGUUAUGGGUUGAGAAACUGCUUCACUUCCAUGCUGCACGGGUGAAAGAUGUUGAGCUUUUAACUGGACUUAGUUUUUUUCAUAACUCAAAAUAUUCAGUUAAUGAGAUUCUACAGCUGAAAACAUUUUUGCCUUCUAGUAUGUGAACAAAAAUGGUUGUGACUUGUAUAAAUUCAAUCCUCAUAGAGUGGGUUAGCUGAGGCCAAUACUUUUGGACCAGUUUAUUUUUUUUGUACAUUAAUACAAUAUGUUAAUCCCAAAUGUCAUACCAGGUUAUUUUCAGAUGAUAGGCAAGCCUCUCUGAAACCAUCUGCAGAGAGAUAAAAGAAGAAAGGUUUUUUUAGAAAAGAACUGUAACUUGGGUUCUCUGUUACCCUGCUGCUUUGCCAGAACCAGCAAGGCAAUAAUGACUUGUUAACUGAGUUGAAUACCUGGUUGUGGUUAAAAGUCAUCUUGGUUAUGAAUGUUAAAAAGAUUUGCAAUAGUAGUUACAAACAGCAACCGGUUAGAAAUUAGUUUUUAUUAUUCCUGCAGUAGACUGAUAAAUACAAAUUGCUCGCUGGUUCGUGUGCGUAUCUGCACUUGUGCCAAAUUGCACAGCAACACCCUUAAUCCCAAUAUCCUUCUUAAAAUUCAAGUAAAAAUUCAGAAAGCAAUAUUGGAAGAAAAAUAUUUGUGGCUAAAUUCUUUAAAAUUAUUUUGACAAAGACAUUGUUAUUAAAGCAUUACAACUUUGAAACAGUUAUUUAUUAAAGCUGCUGCUGUAGUAUGCAGUAGGAGAGAUGUAAGACAAUUUGAGUCAGCAGCAUGGGCACCCCAGCUUUUGUCCAAACAGACUCUAGUGACUCCCACUUGCUAGCUACAAUUUUUUUAUGCUUCCAUGACAUAGCUAUGCUGUGCUAGGACAUGAAGAGAGCUCACACCCAAGCACCAACAUGGUUUGCUCACUUAUAGCAAAAUAUAACCUCUAUGUAUGUUUAGUUUUGUAGCUAUUGCCCUUGGAGGAUGGGACCAUGUAAUUAGUGUUAGAAACAGGCAGAAUGAGACAACUGGUCCCCUAAGGGCAUUCUGCUUUGCCAUUUACUUUCAAAUCUGGACUCUUGCUUUGGUUUUUGAGUGCAGCCCUGCUCCCAGAU